AUGGUGUUCCGAAUGUUCUGGCUCCGGACAUUCGAGGUUUGGCUCACUGCUCGGCUGCUGGCCAGCCCGGCGUUUCACAGACUUGUGGGACGAGUCCAUCAAAAGGUCCAACAUUUGAAACAUGGGGUGCCUCCCGAAGAAAUGGGAGGUACUCAUAGAGACAGUCAUGGACCCGGUUUGAGCAAGUUUAUCGAGUACUUUAAGGAGGAGAUCAAAGACCAGCUCAAAGGAAAACCGCCGAAUAAGCUCUAA